UUUUAAGAUGCAUCCUCUUGCUCGCAAAAAUCCUCAACACCCUAUCUCGCCAACAAUCCAAUCCCAUUCCAGCCCUCGUGCUCUGAAUCAUCAAGGCGAGCGAUCUUGCAGAGAAACUUCUGAAGUCCUCCAGCCAAUUUUGGUGUAGUUUGGCUCAAACUUGGCUUUCUUUGGGGUUCCUGUUGCUGCAGGCCAUGUCUCAGUACGAAGGCGAGCUCGCCGGAGUGUCUCCCGAGGAAGAAGACCGCCACGCCGUCCGGAUGGGUGACUCCGACGACGAGGAUGAUGUGUACGACCAAUCUACUAGUAAGCUGACAGAAGAUACCUCGGCUAUGGAUGUGAAGAAAGGAAAGGAUAUACAAGGAAUCCCCUGGGAAAGGAUGAGCAAUACAAGAGACAUGUACAGGCAGACAAGGUUGAAGCAGUAUGCGAACUUUGAGAAUAUACCUAAUUCCGGAAGAACUUCGGAGAAGGAAUGUACACCUGUGGAGAAAGGCAAACUCUACUACGAGUUUCAGUACAACACAAGAUCGGUGAAAUCGACCAUUCUUCAUUUCCAGUUGAGAAAUUUAGUUUGGGCAACGACAAGGCAUGAUGUGUAUCUUAUGUCAAACCAUUCGGUACUUCAUUGGUCAGCACUGACUCGUGAGAAGCACGAAGUCAUUGAUCUUCAGGGACAUGUUGCACCGUCUGAGAAGCACCAGGGAAAUUUCUCCGAGGGAUUUUAUCGGACUCAAGUCAGUACGUUGGCAGUGAAAAAUAACUUGCUUGUUACUGGUGGAUUUCAUGGAGAAAUAAUAUGCAAGUUUUUGGAUCGUAAAGGAAUAAGCUAUUGUUGUAAGUCAACACAUGAUGACAAUGGUAUCACUAAUUCUUUGGAGAUAUUUCAGAAACCUAGUGGUUCUGUACACUUUCUGGCCUCAAACAAUGAUUGUGGAGUUAGAGACUUUGACAUGGAAAAAUUUCAGAUCUGCAAUCACUUUCGUUUUGCUUGGGCUGUGAAUCAUACAUCACUGAGCCCUGAUGGUAAACUUGCUGUUAUAGCAGGGGACGAUCCUGAUGGACUUCUGGUUGAUGCUAAUUCAGGAAAAACGGUUCAUGAUCUCCGUGGCCAUUUGGAUUUUUCCUUUGCAUCAGCAUGGAACCCAGAUGGCCGAACAUUCGCCACUGGAAACCAAGACAAGACAUGCAGGGUUUGGGACAUCCGGAAUCUAUCCAAAUCGGUUGCUGUAUUGGGUGGCAACAUAGGAGCCAUAAGGUCAAUUCGCUACACAUCCGAUGGAAGGUUCAUGGCAAUGGCAGAACCUGCGGAUUUCAUCCACAUCUUUGAUGUGGCGAGCGGGUACAGCAGGAAGCAGGAACUGGAUUUCUUCGGUGAGAUUGCAGGCAUAUCAUUCAGUCCCGACACCGAGGCUCUCUUUGUUGGUGUGCACGACCGCACAUACAGCAGUCUCCUCCAGUUCAAUCGACGACGGUUCUACUCGUACCUUGAUUCGGCAAUGUGAAGUAGCUAGCUAGUAGAGAUCUGUGAGAUCGAGAUCACAGGUUGUAGAAACUAGAAAAGGGUGUAUAUAUCUGUAGGUGUUGCUCUGAAGAAACCGGAGUCCAUCCACAACGGUGCUUUUACUUUUUGCUGAACAAGCUGUAAAUAUUCGGCUAGCUAUCUUUUCGAAGAUACCCGCUGCUGCUGCUUCUGUAAAGUUGCUGUAAAUAAAAUGUUAGUUGAUCUAGAGUUUCACACACAA